AUGGCGCAGAUGGCGGUUGCGCCGCCGGCAGCAGCGGCGGGCGUGGCGGUGACGAUGGCGGGGCCUGCAGGCGUGUCGAGCAGGGCGCUCGUGGCGGCGGCGCGGCCCGGGUUCGGCAAGGCGGGGCGGCCCGUGAUGCUGCUGGCCAACCACUUCAAAAUCGACUUCCAGGACCUGGUCAUCUACCACUACGACGUGGAAUUCUCCCCCGCGCUCGCCUCCAAGGGCGUCAUGCGCGCAGCCAUCCGCCAGCUGGCGGAAACCUACAGCGCGCAGCUCGUCUCCCCCGCUCCUGGCGGCGCCCCCAGCGCCCCCGUGCGCCCCGUCUUUGACGGCAUGAAGAACAUUUUCACUGCCCGGCCGCUGCCAUUCGACAGCCAGGAGUUUCGCGUGGUGCUUCCCGAAAAAGACGAAGGGGCAGGGGCGGGGAGAGGCGGCGGAGGAGGCGGGGGGAGGGGAGGUAGCAGCAGUGGUGGUGGGCGCGGGCGCGGAGGGGGGGAGCGGAGGGAGCGGGCGGUGAAGGUGACGGUGAAGCUAGCCCAGCAGUACCCCAUGUCGUCCAUGGCCUCGUUUCUUCAAGGGCGCCAGGCCGACAUCCCUCAAGUGCUGCUUCAGGCACUCGACGUGGCGCUGAGGGAGCGCCUCCUCACCAGCCUCACUCCGGUGGGUCGCUCGCUCUACUCCGCCUCGCUCGGCAGCACAGCGCUGGGCGGCGGGGUAGCGGCGUACCGCGGCUUCUUCCAGUCCGUGCGCUUCUCCCAGCAGGGCCUGGCACUCAACGUCGACAUGGCCGCCACCGCUUUCCACCACGACAUGCCGCUCCUCACCUUUGCGGCUGACUUUCUCGGGCGCGGAGGGGGUGGGGGCGGGGGUGGGAGAGGCGGAGGGAGGGGUGGGUAUGGGGGGAGGGGUGGGCGGGGCGGGGGAGGGGGCGGGGGAGGCGGGUUUGCGCCGAAUGCGUCGCUGAGUGAUGGGGAGAGAGUGAAGCUGAAGCGUGCGCUGCACGGCAUCAAAGUGGGCGUCACUCACCGCGACACGCCCCGCCGGUACCGCAUUCAAGGCCUCACGCGCGAGCCAGCCCAUGCGCUCACCUUCACCAUAGAAGGGCAGGGGGAGACCUCCCUGGUGGCAUAUUUUCGCUCCGCCUACGGCUACACCAUCCGCCACCCCAACCUGCCGUGCGUCAUGGCGGGCGGCGGCGGCAAGAGCUAUCUGCCAAUGGAGGUGUGCCACAUCAUUGGCGGGCAGCGGUACGGGCCGAAGCUGAAUGAGGAACAGGUCAGCAGCCUGCUGCGCUUCACGUGCACUCGGCCGGACGUGCGGGCGGGGGAGAUUGGGAGCAUGGUGGUUCGCAAUGACUACCCCAACGACCCCUAUGCGCGUGAGUUCGGCAUGCUGGUGCAUCCCGAGAUGACGCGCCUGCAGGGCCGCCUGCUGGAGCCGCCCCGCCUCGUGUACAAGGAUAAGAAGGACGUGGUGCCGCGCUUUGGAGCGUGGAACAUGAUGGGGGGGCAGAGGCUGAUAGACGGGGCGCGCAUAACGCACUGGACCAUCAUCAACUUCGCCCCCUACCUCGACGCCAUGGGCGUGCAGCGCUUCGGCCAGGCCCUCACGCAGCGCUGCGCUGAGCUGGGCGUGCAUAUGGAGCCGCGCCCGGUGGUGCCGCCCCUGACGGGGCGGGUGGAGGCGGUGGAGGCGGUGAUGCGCCAGCUGGCGGACGCUAGCAGCCGAGCGGUGCCCCCCGGGCAGUGGCUGCAGCUGGCCGUGGUGAUUCUGCCGGGCCGAGGCACGUUCUACAAUGAGAUCAAGCUGAUCGCUGAGACGCAGCUGAACGUGGUCACGCAGUGCUGCCUCGUGAACCACGCUCACAAGUGCCAGUCACAGUACCUGGCCAACCUGGUGUUGAAGAUCAACGUGAAGCUGGGCGGCCGCAACGUGCUGCUGCAGUCAGAGAGCAUCGGCCGCCUGCCCAUGGUGGCGGAGCGCCCCACCAUUGUGUUCGGCGCCGAUGUGACGCACCCCAGCCCGGGAGAUGAUUCGUCUCCUUCCAUCGCUGCUGUCGUCGCUUCUCGGGACUGGCCGUGUGCGAACCGGUACGGGUGUCUGCUGCGCACGCAGGCGCACCGGCAGGAGAUGAUAGAGGGGCUGCAUGAGGAGAGGCGCGGGGCGGACGGCAGCGUGCAGGCGGGCGGGUUGGUGCGCGAGCUGCUGAUGGAGUUCUAUCAGACCGCCAAGCGCAAGCCUGAGCGGAUUAUCUUCUUCAGGGACGGUGUUAGUGAAGGCCAGUUCUACCAGGUGCUGGCCUACGAGCUGGAGGCAGUGCGAGCAGCGUGCAGGGCCAUGGACCCGUCGGGCAGCUACAGCCCGCGCAUCACGUACGUGGUGGUGCAGAAGCGGCACCACACGCGGCUGUUCCCCGCUGACAACAACCGCGACAAGAACGGCAACGUCAUGCCGGGGACAGUCGUGGACUCGGUCAUCUGCCACCCGCGCGAGUUUGACUUCUUCCUCAACUCGCACGCAUCCAUCCAGGGCACGUCACGCCCAACGCACUACCGAGUGUUGUGGGACGAGAACAGCUUCACAGCCGACAGCAUGCAGGCGCUCUGCUACUCCCUCUGCUACACCUACGCGCGCUGCACGCGCUCCGUCUCCCUCGUGCCGCCCGCCUACUACGCUGACCUGGCGGCCACGCGCGCGCGCCUCUACCUGGAGGGCAUCUCGGGCAGCAUGCGGGGGAGCGGGUCCGAGAGUGGGUCGGCAGCCGGCCGAGCGGCAGGGGGAGGCGAGGUGGCGGGGUCGGGUGGCACGGGGAGCUCCAGUGGGUCGUCCAGGGUGGGGGGGGCGCCGCCUGUGGUGCCGCUGCCAGUGGUCAUGCCUGUCCCCAGGAAGGGCAUGUUCUUCUGCUGA